AUGGCUGCCGCUCCUCCCCCCGCCGCUGCCACCACCGUCUCCAAGUCCGAGCGGGCGCCGUCUGGAGGUCGCCUGCCCUCCCUGAACCAACUUGCCGCCCGCAUCGGUGCCAACUCAUCCUCCUCCAUCUCCCCCGUCAACAACAGGCCUCGCCUCGCCGCCUCCCUCCUCCGCACGGGCUCGACUACCUCUCUCUCGACUACAACCUCCACCGCCGACUCCACCGCCGUCAACCCCCCCAUCACCCGCUCCACCUCCCCCGGCGCCCUCUCCAUCUCUCCGCCCAACUCCACCGCCGGCUCCGUCAACGGCGACGUCGGCGAGCCGCUUACCUUUGACAAGGUCGAGAAGCUCGCACAGGAGACGGGCGACAAGCCCCCGAAGAAGGUCAAGGGAUACAAGAACAUCCCCAGCCUUGAUGCCAUCACCGCGCACUACGCGAGGACGAGGACGCUCAGCGUCGACGGCACCCCUGUGCCCCCCGAGGCAGAGUCCAUCGAAGAUCCCCAGACGCCGGGCCUCAUGACCAAGGCUCCCGAACACCCCUUGCAACAUUCAUGGACGAUCUACCAUGAUACGAAGACAAAAAUCCCCUUUACGCCCGCGGCCGUCGUCGAGGGCGCGAACCACCCCGCGCCCGCGGAGGCCGGCGUGUACGAGGCGGGGCUCACGACCGUCGGCGAUUUCGACACCGUCGAGUCGUACUGCCGCUACUUCAACUGGCUGAAGCCGCCGAGCAAGCUCGACCGCAACUCGAACUAUCACAUCUUCAAGUCGGGCAUCAAGCCCAUGUGGGAAGACGACGCGAACGCGAACGGCGGCAAAUGGGUGCUGACGAUGAAGAACAACCCCGCGCUGCUCGACCGCUGCUGGCAGUGGCUUACGAUGGCGCUCGUCGGCGAGGAGCUUGACGAGACGGACGAGAUCUGUGGCGCGGUUGUCAGCCUGAGGAGCAAGGUCGACCGCAUCCAGCUCUGGAUGCGCAGCAAGGACGACGUGGAGCGUAUCAACGGCAUCGGGCGCAAAUUCGUGAAGUUGCUAGACGUCUCCGAGGCAGACGGGAUCGGCCUCGAGUUCCAGUAUAACACAGAAGACCGCCCCCUCCCGAACAAGUUCCUCUCCAUUCAAGCGGUGCCCCAGUCCUCCUUCCGCUCCUCCUUCCACGGCAAAACCAGCAGCGUGUCGAGCCCCAUCUCCGGGCCGGACAGCAUGAGCCCUGUGAGCGCGGGCCCCGGGGCCGCCUUUGCGGCGUUCAGCCUCGGCGGGGGCGGUGCGCUCGGCGGCGGGAUCGGCGGCGGGUGGCGCGGGAAGCGGCCGUGA